CGUUAAAACCAGAAGGAAAAAAAAAAAUAAAAAAAAAGAAGAAAUAUGGAACCGCCGAAUCACGAGGACGACGAGCCACUGGGCCCGCACCUUGUCUGGGCCGACGCCGUCACGACCAUUGAGCUCUACACCAAUCGUCAAGAGGUUGAGAGCGGCGAGGGCGAUGUGUGCUACCCUGAGUAUACUCACCAGGUCUUUGGUGAAACGGAGAAAAUCUAUGGUUAUGACAAUCUGCGCGUUCGGCUUCUAUACGGUGCCGGAAGCCUGUUGACGUCAUUGUGCAUUGAAUAUGGCCAGCGCGUGGAGUCAGACGAGACGGGCGUGGAGGCUGACAAUGUCGAGGCAGCUAUGCUCGAGUGGCUGCCCGAAGAAGAACCGUGCUUGCGUGGAGUUGAGGCCUUCAAGGCGGCCGUGGAUCAGGCAGAAGCCAAGUUUACACCUCCCGGCAUCAAGCAGCACGAGUAUCACGAUCAUGCUGGCAACACCAUUGAAGUGUACCUGGGUCGACCUUCUGAUCCCAGUGUUCAUGCCUACCAUCAACGCGCCCAGACGUUUACCCUGUGGGCCAUCGAGGCCGCCAGUUACAUUGAUCUUGAGGACGACAAGUGGCACAUGCUUUACGCGUUUAUGCGCAUUCCAGAGGGGGACGGCUUUCGGCAUGCAUUGGUGGGCUUUGUCACCCUGUACACGUAUUAUGCCUAUCCGGCCAACCUGCGGCCACGCAUCAG